GAAUUUUCAGCGAAGAGCCAUGUUGGUUGUUUUAAAUGUUAUUUAAAUAAGAUUAUUUUUGUUCUUUGUUCSCAUUUUCUUAAACAUAAUCAGAGAGCAAGUUCUUUCCUAAAUUACCAAUUAGGCGUAGUAUUUCUGUGGUGAAGAAUUGUGUUCAAAAACGGCGUCAAGACGACGGCCUCUAAAGAUACCCGAUCAUCGACCAACAUCGCUGGUAGUACAACCAGGUCGUUAAAACGAUUGAGUUGUGGAAAUAUGGCUAUCAAAUGCCAACAUCAACAACAUGAAGAUCUAGAUAACCAAUCAAAGGCUAAAAAGUCGUUGCUUGAUGAAGAAAAGCCCAAUGGAGCAAACAUGAUCAAUGCCAAUGCCGUUCAAAAGUAUGAAUUACAGCAUGUAAAAAAUGACUGGUUUGAGAAGGGAAAAGAUUUGCUAACAAUACACGUAUACAUAAAAGACCUUAAGAAGGAAGUUCUUGAUGUUCGUAUUUGUGAAGAUGAGUUGAAUAUACAGUUUUCAACAAGUGAAGAUAAAUUUCUGAAUAUGUAUCAAGGAACAACUGAAAACACACUUUUCAACUGGAAUGUUAAAUUGAGAGGAAAGAUUGAUGUGGAAAACUCUUCAUUCAAGUUUCUGAAAUUUAUGAUUGAGAUAAACCUAAAGAAACAGAUACCAGAACGAUGGGGAUCCUUACAAAAACCUAAUUUUCCAGGUAAUAUUGUGGUUGACUUGUUUCAAGGACAACUCAAAUCAAAACUAACAUGUCCUGUAUGCAAAAAGAUUUCUAUCAAAUUUGAUCCGUUUAUGAACCUAUCAGUACCUCUGCCAAAGGAACAAAAACUACUGAAUGUUGUCCUCUUCUUCAAAGAUCCUUCAAGAACACCAAUGAAGAUUACUGUUAAAGUCUGCCAAGAUGCCAAUCUAGAGCAACUAACAGCAGCAGUUGAGAGAAAGACUGGAGUAAAWGAAGAUAACAUGAGAGUAAUAGAAGAGUUUCAGGGAAAAUUUCACAAAGUCUUUGAGAAAGGAAGCAGUCUGACCAAUGUUGUAUUAACUGACAACAUUUUUAUAUUUGAAGUUUUAAGUGUAGAAGAAGCUGGUGAGGAGGUGUAUGAAGUACCAAUAAUACAGAGAUUGUUAUAUCCUCUCAACAUUCCCUUGCACUGUGCUGACUGCUACAAGAACCAAGAUCCCAGUGAUCCACUUAAACGAUGUGAAGUGCCAAGAAAGGCAYUGGCCAAUGCACAAGAAGAAUUGUAAAAGAGGAGGAAAGCACACGAUUGGCAAACCAUUCAUUGUCAGCAUGCCAGCAUCACAAGCCACUUUUACAAGGCUCAAGGACUUAGCAGAAGAAUACGCCAAACAUUCAGUUGAAGUCAGAGAUGGAGAAGUCUUGAAAGAGGAAAUUUCAACUGGCAGUGAAAAAGAUCAAGCUAUAUCAGAUGACUCGUUCCAUGAGAGUAUGCCAAGGUUUUUCUUUAAGCCGAUCAACAUCCAUGGGGAACCUGUUAUGGGUACAGAAGGCGUAAGACUCUCAGACCAAGGAGACCAGGCCUUAAACYUAUCCGAUAAAGUACUUGGUUUAGACUGGCGUAAUAACCCCAAGGCACAUGACUGGGUCACUGUCAAAAACAAACCCUUGGAAUGUGAGCAACACCCUUCKUAUGAAAAUGAAGAAAUUCCAGCUUCGUACAGUUGUACUUUAMGGGAAUGUCUAGAACUUUAUACCGAACCAGAAACACUUGGUAAAGACGACGCGUGGUACUGYCCAAAGUGCAAGGUCCAUCGUGAAGCAACCAAGCAGUUGUCAGUGUGGAGAUUACCAGAAGUUCUUAUUAUCCAYUUGAAGCGGUUUUCUUUCAGAAACAUCUUGUACCGUGACAAGAUUACUAAACUUGUGGACUUUCCUCUGAGAGGUUUGGAUAUGACUGAUUUUACUGUAACUAAACAACGAUCCGAUGAUAAUAUUUACGACUUGUUUGCUGUCUCGAAUCAUAUGGGAACAGUUAACUUUGGCCAUUACACUGCUUAUGGAAGGAUACCAGAUCCUAAUGAAACAGUAGAUGAUGAAAUAGGUUGGCGUUAUUUCGAUGACCGAAGCGUCACAGGGUCCAUCGAAGAUCGUGUCAUUUCAAAAUGCGCUUAUGUACUCUUCUAUCAGCGUCGAAAAAGCUUUAAAACCACUAGAAAACCUAUCGCAUCUACUUCGACAUGCUCUCAGCCAUCCUCUAUAGAUGGUCCAAGCCGGGUUCCCUUUGCAUCGACACCAAGAGUAGAUGAAAAUAAUGCAAAAACAGAAACUCGGUCWGUUUCUGAAGAAAAGAACUCACAAAGUAAAACAUUSAAUGUCGAGAACGAUUCGCAACCCGAGCAAAAGGACUUGAAAUGCGAGAGCAAGAAAUACGAUGAGCUGAUAAAUGGUCAUGACGAAACUCGUCCAUUCGACAACCAUGUGAAUGGUCUUGCGCCCACUGCAGUCACUUCUGUAGAUCAGUCAGAGGUCGAUGAAUGUGAAUUAGAUUAAAAAUCCUUUCAUUAUGUAAUAUAUCAAUGAAAAAUAAAGCUAUCGAGUUGAUCUCAAAAUGUUAGGAAAUUUGCCGCAAAGCCUUUACCUCUGGUUGUAUGCUACAAAGUUGCAAAAAUAUGUAAUUUAUAAUAAAAUCCAUUAAAUUAUC